AUGGCAGAGAACUAUGUGGGUUUUGUUCCUACCAUCGAAAACCAUCUCGAUUACCCUUACUUUUUUCCCGAAGACUUAUACGAUGUAUAUUCGUAUCCGCAUUCGGAAAAUCACGGAUCGCCAGAGAGUCUUUCGGUCCAAGGUCUUGAUACUAGCUUCAGUUGUCUCAAUAUUUCGACGCUCCCUCCUCCUCAAUCCCCCUUCCCAGCUCUGAAUCUCUCCGGAUAUCCAUACCAAUAUUUUUCAGCGGCUAAUCCGACCAAUUUGGAUUUGCGAGGACUAAGAAUUCAAGCAGCGGUGAGGGGACAAAUGGGGAUGCCCUCGCAAUCCAAUGGAUUUCCGCCGUUGGGCUCUGGAAAUUUUUGGAAUUUUAGUCAUUCCCACAUCAACACGACCUCUGUUGAUUCCUCCGACGGCAAGUGGCUCCCGGCGACGAUUCGUUACGCCAGAGGGACUAAUGACGGUGGAAUCUCGUCGCAGGAUCACGGAGUUUUGGGUCGGGAAGUUUCGGAUACGGGCGCUGUUUCUUUUAGGCCUAAUUCAAAUCUCAAUGGGGUUCCAUCGUCUUCUGGAAUUCGACGCAGCGAAGGAUUAAUUACGGAAUUCGAACCAAGGAACGGAAAUUCCGGGUCCCGGCGGCGGCCGAGCCAUUCUUCGGUGGACGAAUUGCGCGGGCGGAUCGCUUCGGUGGCGAAAGACCAACAUGGGUGCCGUUUCUUGCAGAAGGUCGUGGAGGAGGGAAACCCAGAAGAAAUUCAAUUGGUCUUCUCGGAGGUGACAGAGAGUUUGUGCGAAUUAAUGGUAAACCCGUUUGGGAAUUCUCUGGUUCAGAAGAUUCUUGAGAAGAGCAAUGAAGAAAUGAUUGGUGAGUUUCUUCUCUGCGUUGUUAAGGAUGAAGCAGCCUUCAGGAAAAUCUGUCUUGAUACGCAUGGCACUCGAGGGAUACAGAAACUGUUGGAUUGCCUGAGCACUGCAGAUCAAAUUGGACUGAUGGUGGCGGCUCUGAAGCGCAUCACGGUGACACUCACCACCAAUGUGAAUGGGCAGCAUGUCAUUCAACAUUGCUUGAAACUUUUCUCCCGUCCUAAUACUGAGCCUCUUCUGCUGGAAAUAGCAGCCAACUGCGUCGACAUUGCCAUUGAUAAGAGCGGGUGUUGUGUAUUGCAACAAUGCGUGGCUCAUGCUCGUGGUGAGGCCAGGGAUCGCCUUCUGGCCCAAGUGGUUUCAAAUGCUGUCUUCUUGUCCGGAAACCCCUAUGGGAACUAUGUGGUGCAAUACGCAGUGGGAAUGAAGAUACCAUACGUGACGAGGAAAAUAGUGGCAAAACUGGAAGGGAAGUUUGCGCGUCUGUCGAUGGACAAGUAUGGAAGCAAUGUGGUGGAGAAGUGUUUGAGAGAGUCGGAUGAAAUGGUGUCCGAUGAUAUUAUUGCAGAGAUCAUUUCAACCCCAAACGUCUCGUUGCUCUUUCUGGAUCCUUAUGCCAACUACGUCGUCCAGUCUGCAUUGGCUGUAUCUAAGGGAUGGAUUCACAAAGUAUUGGUGAAGCUCAUUGAGGAGCAUCAGAAUUCGCUGCAGAGCCAUCUUUACGGAAAAAGGGUGUUGGAUUGCGUCAGAGGAAACAAGAGGCACUGUGUGUGAGUUAUAUAUUAUGUAUAGGAAGAAAGGAAAUUGCAUUAGCGUAGAGGAAAGGAAGCUGCUGCAUGCUUUGAGCUUAUUAUGUUGGGCUGGUUAGUAGAUGUAGUCGUGUCUCAGGGUUUUUUGUUUUGGUGUCUGUAGUUGUUGCUUAGAGGAGCGAGCAAGGAGAACAAUACUCUAUAUGCUUGCUGUGAAUUUAUUAGUGUUAUUAUU